CUUCCGCAAAUCCACAGAUAACAACAACAACAACGAGCAACGAGUGUAAAAGAGACAACUACAACUAAAGCAAUCGCCGUCGCAAUCGCAACAAAAAAAACAACAAUGCAUAGUUCCUGCUGAGUAGCUUUUUUUUUGUUUUUGUUAUUGUGUGUGUGUGUGAGUGGGAGUGCGUGUGUGUGUGAGUGUGAGUGAGUGUGUGUAGCCAUGUCGCUGACGCCGCCAGCUGACAACAAAACAACUAAACACUGCCACCUCGAAACAAUAAGACAACGACAACAACAACUGUAACUACAAAACUCCCCUCCCCUUCCCCCCUCUACACAUCGCCUCGCAUCGCUGGAAGCUAGAAAAACAGAAAAGGAAGAGAACUAAAAUCCGCAAACAUGGAGCGCAUGUGGCGCAAAGUGAAUCACAGCCUGCGCAACAGCAAAUCGCAGUCACAGUCCCACGCCCAGCAACAACAACAACAACAACAGCAACUACAACAACAACAACUGGGGAACGCUGCAACGCCACAAUCGACGGACACCAUCAGCUCAGCGGGCGGCUUUGGCGAUGCUCAGCUUGUUGUGGCCGUGCAAGGCUUACAGCCGCCAGGUGGCGCCACCUCCACAGUUUCAACUGUCGCCAUCUCUGCCUCAGCAGCGGCAGCCGGUGGCUGCAAUGCGACCGGUCGUCGCUUGGCCAGCAGCGGAGGUGUCAGCAUCCAACAAUCCAACGCUGGCAACUGCCACAAAUCGCUCAGUCAGCAUGUGCUGCAAACACGCACCGCCUCCUCGGAGCGUCGACGUCGACGUCGGCGCAAGAGUCGACCGCGACGCAGCGGCGGCAUCGGCAUGGUCGGUGUGACCAGCUGUGUGGGCGAUGGCGGUGGCGAUAAUAUGUCUUCCUCCGGAGGCUUCUACACACUGAAGGAGCACCAUCAGCACUAUCGUCAUGGCCAUCAUGGUCAUCAUGGCGGAGGAGGCGGCGGCGUUGGAGGCGGCUCGAGUUCUCAUCGAUUGUUUGCCACAUCGGCGCCCAGCGGCACCGUAAUGAUGUAUCCAAAUUCGCAUCGUGCCACAACAGCUUCAACUAGUGGAGCAGCAGGCGGCGGCGGAGGAGGCGGAGGUGGAGGCGGGGCUGCGGCAACAACGACACCGGACAUUUCGCUGAGGCAACGAGCGGUGGCAAAGCUGCGAAUGUUCAACUUCCAUCUCAACUGGGAUCUGCAUAUGACGCACUGCAAGCCAUGCGGUCCUCGCUUGAGUGGCAGCGGCAACAUCAUCACCCGUCGACUGUGCCGCAAUCGUCGACGUGAGGACAAUGAGCUCUAUCGCUCCAAUAGCUUCAAGUUCGAGCGUUUUGAGCGCAAGGAGUGCCUCGAGGAGCUCUCCAACACUUUGCAGAAGCAGAUUGCCAUCUGUGAUGAUUACAGCCUGCCUGUAGACUUUGUUAAGAAACGACCGUCCAGUUUCGAUCCCUGCCUGGCCGAGGCAAUACCAACGAAUCCCGAGCAUUGGAUAGCACCGAGUCCACAAACUGAAUUUCUGCCAUUUAACGAAGCCCAACAAGCGACAUUGCAACAACAGCAAUCGACAGCAGCAGCAGCAGCAGCUGUGCCACCGCCGCCUGCCCCUUUGUCGACAUUGCCGAGCCAAGCGGCGAGUGCAGCAGCGGCUAGCACCAGCAGCAACAACAACAACAAUCCCAGCAACUGCAACAACAGCAACCAACAACAACAGCAACAGCAGCAGCAGCAAUUGCAGCACGUGCACAACAACAACACGUUGCCAGCUGCACCGCAGCAACAUCAGCAGCAACAGCAACGUGCAACGCUGCAGCAUCCGCCGCUGCCCAACAGCAACAUCAAGCAGGCGUCCGUUAAGCUCAUCGAGGGCUACUCUGACCCAAAGGAUACGCGACAGCACAAGAAAGUCUAUCACAAGAAGGCCAAACGUCGCUCAGCGCCGCCCCACAAGCGACAGCAACAUCAUCAACAGCAGCAGCAGCAGCAGUUGCAAACGUUGCCAACGCCACGCGGACAUCAGCAACAGCAGUUGCAACAGCAGCAGCAGCAACAACAGCAACAUCUGCAGCAUCGCCAUUCAACGUACAACAACAACAACGGCAACCACAAAAAGGACAAGCGCAGCAGCCAUUACAAUUCAGAUUCCUCGGCACCCAAAUCCUCCGACGAGGAGGCGGACAUCGACGAGGAAGUCGAGCGCAUACCGCCACCGCCGCUGCCACCGCCACCGGCAACCGCAACAGGAGCCGGAACCGGAGCCGGAGCAAGCGGUUCAGGGGCAGCUGCUUUGCUCAAUUCGCCGGACAGCAUCUCGGAUGAUUUGGUGCGUCCGCUGCCGCCACAAUUACAGCGCAGUCCACGCAAAUUAACCGUUGCCCAGGCGGAGCACAGCAAGCGUCAGCCAUCGCCCUACUACUACUCGGAUCUGUUGAAGAGUCGUGACAAGGACGAGGACAAAGACAAGCAGGAAAAGCAACAACAGCAGUUGCAACAACAGCAACAGACGCUCGAGCGUGAGGCUAAACAAAAGUGCCGUCAGUCGACAGCAAGUGAGCCGCCGCAUCAGACGCAGACACUGCUCGGAGGUUACAGGAAGAGCAGCAGCUUGGAUGCGCCACAGCAGCGCGAAGAGGAGCACGACGACAACGACGACGACGACGAGGAGGAGGACGAAGACGACGACGACGACGAAGAGGACGAAAAUCCUCACGAACAACAACCGGAUCAGGAUCUCGAUCACGAACACGAUCAGGAGCAAUCGACACCGAAGCGUUACAGCUUCACCGAGGAGGGCGUGAGGAUCAUACGCUGCGAGACACCGAGCACCAGCACCUCGGAGGAAUCGGACUGCAGCGAGUGCCUCAAGCGACGCGAGUGGCAUGCCCGUGCCUUGGCCUUAGUGCGCAAGACGUGCAACGUUCAACCGCGACAUCAGCAGUUGCCCAUUAGCAGCGGAGAGUUGCAACUUCAGUUGCAGCAUUGCGACGCCGGAGAGGGCGAAUUGCUCAAGUGCUGUCCACCACCGGGCAUAGGAAGCGACCCGGGAAUAGGAAUAGGAGUAGGAGUAGGAGGAGAUCGGAAUAGAGAUCGGGAGCGGGAGCAGGCGGGGUCGAUGCCGCCGCACCGCCUGCUGGGCCCAGCAGCCGUGUGCGGAGCCUGCAUCCCGACGCCAGGCAACAACAGCAGCUCCGUUGGCGGCGGCGGACUGGGCGAUGAGCUCGACGAGCUCGAGGAGUACUUUCGGCCGCGCAGCAUCUUCUACGUGCAUCCGCAUGGCGUGCACGAGUGCGACGAGUGUGCGCCGCCAACAGCAACAGCAACAACGACAACGAAAUCAACUCACAAUUCCAAUUCUAAAUCGCAUUCAAAGCCAAAAACAAAGCCAAAGCACCCCAAAGUAGGUGUUGUAAACGCACAACGAGAGGAGGAGAGAGCGAAGGAGGAGCAGACGAAGCAGAGUCUCGAGGAGGAAGACGACAACGAGGAGGAAGAAGAGGAAGGCGAAGGAGAAGGAGACGAGGAGCACGAUUCGGACAAUAUGGCAAGUCGCCGACGACAAAUCUAUGAGACGGCAUUCGAUUGCAAGAUUGCCAAGUCCGAUGACGAUCUCGAUGAGGUGGAUCGCAUCACCAAUCACUCGGUGCUGCUGCAGCUGAGCAAUGGCAACAACGAGCAGCUCUCGAGCAGCAGCUUGAGCAAGUCAAAGUCGCGACUUGAGUGCAAGCGGGCCAAGAACAGCAAGAACCAGGCGCUGCAGGAGCAACAGCAGCAAACCCAAACGCAGGAAUCUCCCGACGGAGGUCAACAGGUGCUCCAGGUUCAAGCGGAACUCAGUCAACUGCAGCUCAGCCAAGUGGAUCAGCAGAAUCAGAAUCAACAGCAGCAACAACAGCAACAGCAAUCGACUAGUGUUGCUGCGGUGUCGACGCAACAAUUGCCGGCACGUGGCUACACGCCGUCGCCCCCCUCGACGGCACCGCUGCCGAUCAAGUUCCCCGGAAAACACGAACGCUACAUGAACAGCAUCAAGAGUGCGCCCAAUUUGCCAGCGGCGCAGCCAGCGCAUCCGCGAUUGCGGGACCUCCGGCUGCCGCUGCAAUCGCUGCGACAGCAGCAACAGUUGCAGCUGCACUGCGCCAGCAGCAACGACAACAGUCUCACCGACAGCGCCUAUGUGAAUCCGCCCUCAACCAACUCGAACUCCGCCUCCGUCUCGGCCUCGGCCUCGGCCUCGGCCUCAGCCUCGGCUUCGGCUUCAGCCUCCGCGGUCGCAGCUGCCGCGCGACGUCCGCGCAGCUUUGUGCUGGAGUCGGGACGUGUCUUGGAGCUGCGACGCAGCGCACAACCGCAGCGUCAUCAGCAUCAUCACUCGCAUCACCAGCAGCAACAUCAGCAAUCGCAGCAGCAACAGCUGCCACACGGCGUGGCACGAAGAACGUCCCGACAUGCGAGCGGACACAACUACAGCUCAACGGAGAGCAUCGCCACCUCGAGCAGCGGCGGGAGCAUGGAGUCCCUGCGGUCCAGCACCAGCGAGGGUAAUCGCAGCACCUCCAGCUCCGAGUCCCGACACUCUAGCUCCCUUAGCUCGCAUAGUUCGGAGAGCGGCAGCGGAAGCGCCAGCUCAAGUGUCGCUUAUCCGUUGCGUGCACCUCCCGUGCUGCUUCACUCGAAGCUGCACAUUCUCAGCCCCAUCUCGGACAAGUCCUCGCAGGAACCGGCCUCGGCCAGUGUCUCGGAACAAUCGCAGCAGCCGCCACCGGCAACAGCAUCUGGAGCAUCAGCUGAGGAGUCAGGGAUUAAGCCAAGCACCGAAGUCUCGCUCGCUGUGCCGCUGCUGAGUAAGCAGCGUAGCGGAAAACAGACGUCGACGACAGCGCCCAACAAGGCGCUGCUUCAGUUGGCAGAUGAGCUACUCGGUUCAGACAGCGGCAUCUCGCUGCAUUCGCGGGAGGAUGGGAAACCUCCGCAGCUGCAGGGACUGCAGCGUCUGACGCUCCCCAAGCUGCAGCUACAAGGCAACAGCAGUCUGCCACAGUCGGAGGCAAGUGCUGGCGUUGCUGCUGCUGCAACGGGUGGCACAGUGGUUGGCGGAGGUGCCACAGCAUUGCCGCAGGAGUUGCGUGAUUUGCCUUUCGAUAUGCCGAAGUUGCGACGCCGCAAGACGCUGCAACAGGAGGCGGCCUGCACCUCGGGUAGCGCCACUUCGGUGGACCUCGGAGAUUUACCCUUCGAUAUGCCAAAGUUGCGACGACGACUGCGCGCCAAUCAGGCGGAGAUCAACAAUCUGCUGAUGCACAGCACCGAGUCGAGUGGCAUCUCGCAAGCCUCCUCCAGCCAUUCAAUGCGCGACGAACAGAAGUUGGCCAGCAAGCUGGAUACUGCGCUAUUCCGACAGAAUCUCACACUGAAUCUGAAUGAACCGCGACAGGCGAGCAAACAGUUUGGCAGCCUCGAUCUACGGGGUCUGAGCAGCCACAAGGAGCUCAACAUGAACAUGAAUCUGUGCCAGGGUUACGUCACCGCUGUCGAUCUCAUCGAUGUGACCAUUCCACUCGAACGUCAGGGCUGGUAUCAUGGCGCCAUCACACGCAUCGAGGCGGAGACAACGCUGCGUCCGCUGGCAGAGGGAUCGUUUCUAGUGCGCAACUGUGAAUCCACCAAGCAGGACUAUUCCCUUUCACUCAAGGGUGCCAAGGGUUUUAUGCACAUGCGGAUCCAGCGCAACGAAUCGGGUCAAUAUAUCCUGGGACAGUUCAGUCGACCAUUCGAGACAGUUCCCGAUAUGAUAAGACACUUUUGUCUGAAUCGAUUGCCGGUGCGUGGAGCGGAGCACAUGUGUCUGAUAGAGCCGGUUAUAGCGCAGCUGCUGUAGGCAGCGGCUUUAACAGUCGAUGAAGAGUAAGAACAGAAUUCCACAAUACAUAUUGAAUAGCAUAUAAACAAAGUCAAGGAAAGAAGAAGUGGGGAUGAAGAAGAGUACUUAUACUAAUUAUACUCGUAUAAUACAAUAUAUAUUUAGUACGUCUAUGCACUAGUUAUAUGCUCUUAGUCUUAACUAAACUGUUUCAACUCGAACUCAAAACUCGAACUAAUUUCUGUUUGCAGCACAGACAUCAAACAAACACAAACACACACACACAGACACAGAGAAACGAACUAUGUAGUUUAGAGUUAAAGAAGUACGUAGCACUUGCAGACAAUACCACAGAGAAGAACGCAUACAUAGAAUACAUGAUACAUAAUGAUUGAUAUACAUGCAUACGAUACGAUAACACGUUAUUAAGCUAUACGAGAUCCAUAAACAUAUAGGAAGAGCACUUGAAUCAGUUGAUAUGAUAUAUGAUUUGACAUGUUUACACUAUAACGAUAACGUAGUACACGAUAAAUGACACGAAAAACUAACACUUAACGAUCAUCUCGAAUCUAGCAAUAUCACAUAAAUAUGUACUUACAAAGUCUAAGAAUACUACGUAGCACACACACACACAUACUCAUACAUCAAUCACAAACUUACACACACUCACUUAAAGCCCCGUUUACACUUUCGGGCAUCUAAGGCACGUUUACACGAUAUUACAAAACGAUUAAUAGUAAUAAUGUUUAGAUUUGCGCUUUUGUCGGAAUGUUUUUAGCGGAUGCAACUCUAAGCAAAUUUGUUGAUUAAUUUUAUGUUCCAAACUAAAUACAUAUAUAUAUAUAUAUGAAUAUAUAUAUAUAUAGAUACAUCUAUCUUAUAUACAUAUACACACACAUAUUUAUAUAUAUAUAUAUAGACAUAUAUGAGGCAUAAGUUGUAGGAGCAGGCGAGAUGUGGAAUAAUAUCUUUUUUUUUCCUAGUUUUAGGCCAGGCAUGCAAAAGUAGAACGCUCAAAGCGCUUUUGAUUAUUGGAUAUGAGUAGUUUCGGUUAAUCGAUAUGUAGUUUUUCGAUAACGAUAACGAUAACGUACGGCAAAGGAUAUAGCAACGCAUAUGAAAGCUCGGUUUUAAGUGUUAGUUUCUAAUAUUACAAAAAAACAAAAAAAAAACAUAAAAAUCUAAAAAAAAAAAAUCGAAUUCGAAUGAGAUUGCAGAGUAUAUAUGGUAAAGCUAAACAUAUUUAGUAUGAUAUAUACACUCACAUAUAUAUAUUCUUACUAUUUAAAUAUAUAUAUAUAUACAGACACAAUAUUAAAGAGCAGUCAAUGGUUUUUUGGUUCCAGUAAAAAACAAAAGUGAAAACAAACGAGAGACAAAAGAGAAACAAGAAAGAAUUGCAAGAGAAGAUAAAGUAUUUUUGUUCAGUUGAUCGGAUGAUAUUAUGUGCAAUAUACAAUUACUAUACAUAUAUAUAUUUUCAUUCUUAUUUAAAUGAGGUUAUGUUUUAUCUGUGCCAAAGUACUUAAGUAUUAUUAUGAUUACUAUGUUUAUUAGUUGAUUAGUUGAUGUAAUUAGCAGUUUUUUGCAUGAUUUUUACAUUCUUACAUUUACGUACAUACAUUGUUGCCUAAUUUCACAUUUACAUUGUUGCCUAAUUUCUAAUCUUUGUGCAAUAGCAUGAGUUGACCUUUUUUGCGAGUUGAUUUCUCCAACAAUUUUGUAGCUUUAAGUUGUGCAACAUUUGUCUAGCCACAUGAUACGAUAACAAUAGAAAAGAGCAGAGAAGAAUGAGACAGAAAUUAACUAAAGGAGAGAAUGCUUUUGUACAUACUUGAAUUAUAUUAUAUAUAUUUAAAAUGUAAUAACAAAUAUGAUUUCGAUUUGCAAUACAAUUCUAAGCAUAAGAUUUCCAUAAUACAUAAUAACAGAAAGAACAGAACAGAACAGUCAUGAAAAGAAGAAGGGAGCAACAUAGAAAAGAACGAAAAUUGAAAGUUGACAUCCCUCCUCCUCCGCUCCCAACCAGAAGAAGUAUAGCAACAAUUUUUGAGGCUUCCAUCAGUAGCAAUAAAGAAAAAGAACCUAAGAAGGAGAACAAUAGUUGAAAAACACUCACACACAUGCAUUACUCACGAAAUACUAUCUACUCGGUAUCUAUAUAUCUACUAUAUAGUCGAUUAGUGUGUAGAGUCGGGCAAUCGCUCGCUUCCGUAAUUCUUACAAUCUAUAUUCGAGAUUUCUUCGAUUUAGAGAACACUCUUUGAGACAUUCUUAUUUUUUUAUGCAAACACAGACACACACACACGCAUAGAUAAACAUCACAUGUGUUUGUGUAUCUACGUAUCUUAACUAAACAAACCGAAGAACAACAACAACAACACCAACAAAACCAGACAAAAUAAUUAUAAAUUAUAUUAAUGAGAGAUGAAAACAAUGAACAGCAACAAAUGCAUACAAAUUUAAUAUGAAACCAAAAAAAAACAACAACAAAUGAACGAAAUGUAUUUAAUAAAAAUAUAAAACAAACAAAUAAAAACUUGCAAAAAAAAAUAUAAAUAAAAUU